UCAGUUCUUGAGUAUCGUUUCAGUUUACGUUUUCUAAGAAUUAUUAGAACGAAGAUCAAAUGGAAACAGAAACAAGUACUUCAGAAGAACAUGACAAGAGUACAUCUAACGAUUCUAAUGGUCUUGGUAUAAUAGAGCAAAAAAUAAUUGCUUUGGCACAGGCUAGACCAAAAGGGAUAUCAGACAAAGAUUUGGUGAGCGAAAUGCCAAAUCUACAACCAGUUCAAAGAGCACAAAUUAUAAAUAAGUUAUUAUCUCAAGGAUAUUUUGAUUUGUUUAAACAUGGUGGAUCAUUGCUUUAUCGGUUAAAAGAUCCAUCUAAAACAAAAAUUGCAAAAGGUGCUGAUAACGAAGAGAAGAUUGUAUAUAGUAUAAUUGAAGAAGCUGGGAAUAAAGGAAUAUGGAUUAGAGAUAUAAGAUUUAAAUCUAAUCUAAUGCCUAUUCAAUUGAAUAAAAUUCUGAAAAGUUUGGAAACUAAAAAGUUUAUUAAAGCAGUGAAGUCUGUAGCAGCUAGUAAAAAAAAAGUUUAUAUGUUGUAUAACUUAGAACCAGAUAGAUCUGUUACUGGUGGUGCAUGGUAUCAAGAUCAAGAUUUUGAAGCAGAGUUUGUAGAUAUUCUUAAUCAACAGUGUUUUCGAUUUUUGGAACAAAAAAGAGAAGAAGCGAAUAAAUGGGACGGUGGACCUAUAGAUGCUAGAAAUAUAGCAUUUGCUUCAUCUAAAGAAGUUUGGAAAUUUAUUUCAGAUUUAGGAAUAAGCAAGGUAAAGUUGUCGGUUGAAGAUCUAGAAAUGAUUCUGAACACUUUGAUAUAUGACGGAAAAGUAGAAAAAACAUUAUCCAGUGAUGGAAGUAAUUUAUACAGAUCCGUACAACCUUUAUUAACCUCUCCAGGGCUAAUUAAAGUUCCUUGUGGAGUUUGUCCUGUUAGAAAAGAUUGUUGUGAUAUAGGAGAUGUUACACCUACGAAGUGUCAAUACAUUAUGGAAUGGAUGAAUUAAAAAUAUUAGG